CUGAAUCCGCGGGGCGGCAUGUCGGCAGAAAUACCCUUCCGAGAUUUCCCCAGUGCUCGGAAGACUUUCUUAUCCUGGAUUUUAUCUGGAGAAGCUCUCGGAGCGCAAACACAAUGCUGUCGUUUCUUUACUGAUCUAUAUCUUGAUACUCCACCUAUCGCUCUCAUACAAGACCAAAAUCGGUGAUCUCAUGAUGAAGCACACAAUAUACAGAUGUACAGCUUGCUCGAGCCAACGACUUCCUUUCACUCUCCGACGAGCCCUCUCAACCGCCAUCACCCCGAAUCCUCCCUCGAACCCGAACAAAGUUCCACUCCACGACUUGACUCCUGCGGAUAUCUCCUACUACUGGGAUACUCGAGUACCAAAUGAAACUGACUUAACCUACGCCGACAAAUUCUUCGCACCUUCUCGCCACUCCCCGAUCAAAAUAUGGUCCGCUAGCAAAUUCCGCACUACUCCUAUGUCAUCAGUAGAGCCUGAAGUUGCCUUCCUUGGUCGCUCGAAUGUCGGGAAAAGCUCAUUAUUGAACGCCAUCAUGGGCAAAGAGAUAUGCUGGACUUCUUCAAAACCGGGGAGAACGAGAGAGAUGAAUGCGUUCGGAAUCGGGGGUACGAAAGGCGGCGAGUCGAAAAUUGUUCUGCUUGAUAUGCCGGGGUAUGGAAAAGCGAGUAGGACGGAAUGGGGUAUCGAGAUUAUGAAGUAUCUUCAGGGAAGGAGGCAACUUCGACGGGCUUUCCUCCUUAUAGAUAGCUUACAUGGUCUUAAGAAGAAAGACGAGGACAUCCUCAUGCUUUUUCGGAAACAUGCCAUUCCGCACCAGAUCAUCAUGUCAAAAGUGGAUAAGAUUUUGGCUAAGAAGAAGAGUCAGGUGAAGAGCGGAGCAUCAGCGGCAAAAGUCGCUACACUACAGAACUUGCUGCAAAGUUAUAGACCAAUCCUUCAACCUGAUGGUCGGAUGGAAGGACCUGGUGCCUUAGGUGAGAUCCUGACAUGCAGUGCAGAGACGCCCAUCGGCCCCGGAAAGUCGUUAGGGAUCAGCGCAAUCCGCUGGGCUAUUCUGUCGGCUGCUGGAUUUGAUGGGAUUAUGAAAGCGCAACCCGUACCCACCGAGUCGCAGGUUGCUCACAUCUCUACCACUGCAUCUUGAAAUGUAGUUCAAGAAGCACUCCUGUCUUUGAAAAGGAGUCAGUUAAACCGCGGAGGUGACUUGCUUAUAACAUCUAAUCACAGGGUGAAUCCCAUAAGGUGGCAAUCAAUGCCAGGCCCUGCAAGCAGUACUUACUCCUUAGUAGCAGCUUUGAGGGUUGUUAACAUUAGGUUGCGGUCCGUCAGCAUGGCAAUUUACGGCGGAUCUCUUUCAUCUAAACUUCCCCACGGAAGUUUUGUGUCUCCUAGAGCCACCAUUGAAUAGAGUCUACGCCCGCCUUUUCAGCCUAGGUAGCUAUAUUGAGUUGGCAUGGUUGUUGAAUAACCACUUGUCGUGGAGAACUCGAAAUGGGUCUGAUCUCAUGACGGCGAGGGAUUGGUCCUUCGAAACCUAGAGAUCCAGGC